AUGCACGACCACGUUGUUGUCGAGUUCGACGACCUUCCUCCUUCCGCUUUCUCCGACGCAGCUCCCCACUUAUCAGAACCGGAGCUCCGGGAAACGGCAUACGAGAUCCUCGUCGGAGCCUGCCGGAGUUCGGGGCCGAAGCCGUUAACGUUCGUCUCGCACUCUGACUCUAACAGAGGAGAUAAACGGAAUCCUUCGCCGUCCUUGUACAGGUCGCUGACUGUGAAGGCGUCGAGCGAGGUGAAGAAGAAGCUGGGACUGAAAACGACGACGUCGUGGAGGAAUAGAAGGGCGGCGACGACGGGGGAGUUGAUGAGAGUGCAAAUGAGAGUGACGGAAGUCACUGACACUCGGGUCAGACGUGCCCUUCUCAGAGUAGCUGCUGGCCAGCUCGGAAGACGAAUAGAAUCGAUGGUUCUGCCCCUUGAGCUAAUGCAACAGCUCAAGUGUCAAGAUUUUGCUAGUGAACAAGAGUACGAGACUUGGCUAAGGAGGAAUUUGAAGGUUCUUGAAGCAGGACUUCUCUUGCAUCCUCGCUUGCCGUUAGAUAAGCCAGAUAUUAGCGCACUGAGCCUGCAGCAAAUAAUCCAUGGGGGCCUUGAGAAGCCCAUGGAUAUUGGAAAAGACAAUGAAUCAAUGCACGCACUUCGCAAAGUUGUUAUGUCUCUUGCUUGUAGAUCAUCUGAUGGGUCUGUUACCGAUACAUGCCAUUGGGUUGAUGGGUUUCCGCUAAACUUUAGGAUCUACCAAACUCUGUUAGAAGCAUGUUUUGAUAAUCAUGAAGAAACCAGUGUGAUAGAAGAGGUUGACGAGGUCUUGGAGCUCAUCAAGACAACCCGGGUUAUUCUUGGAAUGAAUGAGAUGCUGCAUAAUGUCUGUUUUUCUUGGACCUUGUUUCAACGUUAUGUUGCCACUGGUCAAGUGGAAAAUGAUCUGCUUUUAGCAUCGAGUAAUCUGCUGGCAGAAGCUGAGAAAGAUGCCAAGGCGAUGAUGGAUCCAUUUUACUCAAAAUCCCUGAGCUACGCAUUGAAUUUGAUGUUAAGUUGGGCAGAAGAAAGGCUCCUUGCUUACCAUGAUACUUUCCAUGAUGGUAAUAUUGAGUCAAUGCAAAGUGUUGUUUCUCUUGCUGUAUCGUCAGCAAAGAUAUUGGCAGGAGAUAUCUCUCUUGAGUGUAGCAGGAUGAAGAAAGAGGAUGAUAUAUCCUGCACCAGAGUUGAAAAUUACAUCACAUCGUCAUUGCAUGCUUUUUGUUUGAAGCAGAAACUGGAUCCACGGAACAGCAAGAAUGCAGCUAGAGAAGAGGAUAAAGUGUUUACACGUCUCUCAGUUCUUGCACGAGAAGUCAGCGAAGUGGCUUUUGGCGAGAAAGCAAUGUUUAGUCCAAUACUGAAGAGAUGGCAUCCAGUUGCUGCCGGUGUUGCUGUUGCUACCCUUCAUGUAUGUUAUGGUCAUGAGUUGAAGCAAUAUGUGAAGAGUGUUACGGAGUUGACUCCUGAUACUGUACAAACGCUGAUGGCUGCUGAUAAAUUGGAGAAAGAUCUGGUACAUAUAACAGUGGAAGAUUUAGUUGACAGUGACGAUGGUGGGAAAUCCGUUAUAAGGGAGAUGUGUCCUUUUGAGGCUGAAGCUGUAAUUAUCAACCUGGUCAAGUCAUGGAUCAAGAACAGAGUGGUUACACUGGAAGAAUGUCUUGACAGAAAUCUACAAGAAGAGGUGUGGAUUCCUGGUGCAAAUAAAGAAUGCUUUGCUCCUUCCGCUCUUGAAAUUCUAGGAAUCAUAGAUGACUCCCUGGAAGCGUUCUUUGUGUUGCCAAUAAUACCCAUGUAUGCAGUUUUGCUUCCUGAAUUCAUGUUUGCUCUUGACAAAUCUCUCCAACAAUACAUUUUGAAGGCGAAAGCUGGCUGUGGAAACCGUAAUACCUUCAUCCCAAUCAUGCCAGCUUUGACUCGGUGUUCGCCAGGAUCAAAAUUUCACGGUGUAUUCAGAAAAAAAGAAAAGUCACAAGUAACUCAGAGAAGGAUAUUCCAUGUUGGAACAACAAACAUGGAAAACUCGUUCGGAUUACCCCAGUUUUGUGUUCGCAUAAAUACCAUGCAGCGCAUUGGCAUGGGACUAAAGGCUUUAGAAAGGAGUACCGUUGCCCGUCUUGGGAAUUCUAAAUCCACAAGAGAGGAUGGUAUGGAGAAGAGGUUGAAGUUCAAGCUUUCUAAAGCUGCUUCUGUGGAAGGUAUCCGUCAACUCUCCGAGGCCAUGGCGUACAAAGUGAUUUUCCAGGAUCUCCGCCAUGUUCUUUGGGAUGGCCUAUAUGUUGGUGAAGUUUCAUCCACUAGAAUUGAGCCUUUUCUUGAGGAGCUUAACCAAUGCCUGAAGAUAAUAUUAUCCACUGUGCAUGAGAGAGUAAUAACGCAUAUAAUAACUGAUGUAAUGAAGGCUUCUUUUGAUGGGUUCUUGUUGGUUUUGUUAGCUGGGGGUCCAGCACGAGCUUUCUCUCUUGAAGACCAUGUUAUAAUUGAUGAGGACUUUAAGCUUCUCAAUGAUUUAUUCUGGUCCAAUGGAAAGGGUUUACCAGCUGAUUUGAUAGAAAAGCAUUCUACAAAUGUUAAAGAAGUGCUUCCCCUCUUUCGCAAGGAUACUGAGGACUUGACUAAGAUAUUCAGUCAGCUUAUUAAGGAAAUGUAUAAUUCUUCAACGAAAUUUCACUUGCCAUUGCCCACGACAUCUGGUCAAUGGAGUCCAAGGGAACCAAACACUCUUCUGCGAGUUUUGUGUCAUAGAAAGGAUGAAACUGCUGCCAAGUUCCUUAAAAAGAACUACAACUUGCCUAAGAAGUCUAAGCGUUAAUUAUACAACAAGGUACAACGUAUAGUAUUCUAAAUCAACGAAUAACCUCGUGGAAAAACUAAUUUGUUCAGAUGCUGCUGCUGCUAUUGUGCCAGGAUGCUUUUUUAGUGACAACCUAGAUGAUCCAAAAUUAGUAAUUGUAAAUUGUAAUUAGUAAUUGUUUGCUUUGGUAUUUUUCUCUGCUAAAAAACCAUUUGAAAUUUUCUUUCCAAUCCAGAUGACUUGAGGUUCAUCACCUAGAUGAAAUUUCUUCAUUCAAAAAUUAACAUCACGGCAAUUAUAGAGAACAGAGG